CCUUAAACGGAUUGAUGGGAAUUAUAUCUGGGAAGAAUUGUGACCAAAUCUGCUUCGACUUCAUCAGCAUUUUCUUUUUUCAGACAGACAAAAGUACAGCAGUUUUAGACUUUUGUAUUUAUCUCUUAAACCAGUUUUUACUGUCAUCAGUCACUCUGUAUGUUCAAACACUGACUGACUUUCAUUCAUUUUGUCGGGUUUAUUUUUCCCCCCAUACACACGCGUUUCAAAAGGCUUCUGUAGGUACGCGUGUGUCUUUUGUGUUCUCGUACUAGAAUCAAUUAGUUUUGUUUCUCGGAUUGUUCGCAUGCUGCGAGUUUCUUUUCAUCAUGCAGCAGCACAUUUUUGGAUAUGCAUAAAGCCUUUUUUAGGGGGGAAACAAUGUGGCUUGAUUGCACGGCAUGGCUCUAUACUUUUAGUCUGUGCCAAGAAAACUAAUCUCAGUUCCCUCUGGCAGUCAGGACAUGCAGAAAUCAUAGCAUUUAAGCAGACGACGUGAUCAGCACUCGCAGGAUUGUGAGGUAACGGCCCGCAUCAUGAUCGGGAGUGUGUGUACGACCAGAGCAACACGGUGGACGGGGUGUACUGUCACCCGAUCGGACACUGGAUCGAGGCGAGCGGCCACACAGACGAGAUGAGGCACACGACCAACUUCUACUUCAGCGUCGCCGGACAACAGGCCAUGCACUUUUCCAAGAUUCUGCCCCAGAUUUGGCUGGGCAGUUGCCCCCGGCGGGUCGAGCACGUCACCCUGAAGCUGAAGCACGAGCUGGGCGUCACAGCAGUGAUGAACUUCCAGACCGAGUGGGACGUUAUGACCAACUCUCAUGGCUGCCGGCGUGAUUCCAACGAGCACAUGACCCCGGAGACCAUGAUGCACCUGUACAGAGACUGUGGUCUGGCUUACGUCUGGAUCCCGACGCCUGACAUGAGCACUGAGGGACGUGUGCGGAUGCUGCCCCAGGCCGUCUACCUGCUCUACGGGCUGUUAGAGAACGGUCACAGCGUGUACGUGCACUGUAACGCAGGCGUGGGUCGAUCCACAGCCGCCGUGUGCGGCCUGCUGAUGUACGUGCUCGGCUGGAGCCUCCGGAAGGUGCAGUACUACCUUACUGCCAAGAGGGCGGCGGUAUACAUCGAUGAGGAAGCUUUGGUACGAGCACGAGAGGACUUCCUGCUGAAGUUUGGACGUUUACGUCCCUCAGUAUGCUGGUCUGGGAUGCAGGAGGGAGGGCAGUGUGAGACAUAAAUAGAAGAGCGGAUACUAGGGGAAACAAAUGUUGUGUACGAAGGAUAAGUACUGGGUCCGAAUAAAAUAUUUAUAAAUCUUUUA